AUGAAUCCACUAGUUAGGCGGGCCAUUAGGCGAACGGGUCCACAGGUAAAGCUGCUGAGGGAGUUUCCCAAGGUUGUCUCCGCAUCCCGAUUCGCACCCUUCACUUCCCUAUCUCGACCACCCCCCAAUUACGAGGGUCAUGUUCCGCUCACUGUUCCCGAGAGAGGAUUGCUUGCAGUGGGUUCGGCGGUGAUGUCGCUUUUGAACCCCCGACGAGGAGGUAUUUUCUUUUCCUUUACUUUAUGGCUUAGCCUAUAUCCCGAACUGCGAUAGUUGUUUUGUUCUUUAUUUCGACGGCUGGAACCACACCACCGCUGCCGAGAAUGCUAAUAUAUAUAUACGCAGACUUGAUCGCAGCUCUCGGGGAGGCCACAGCGACACCAUACUUCAUAUACAGGCUCCGGGAUGCUAUGCUAUCGUCCCCUACCGGUCGGAGGAUUCUCAAAGAUCGCCCAAGGAUCAAUUCCACCACCGUGAGCUUGGAGAGGCUACGGAGUUUACCGGACGGCACCGUGGGCAGGGAAUAUGCAGCGUGGCUAGAUAAGGAGGGCGUCUCCCCAGAUACUCGAUCUCAGGUAUAUUGCUCUCCCCACACGAGUCUUGAUACCUACGUAUGGGGGGGAGAGAAUCUCGAGAAGGCAUUGCUAAUGAGGAACAGGUACGAUAUAUCGACGACCCCGAAUGCGCCUAUGUUAUGCAGAGAUACCGGGAGUGUCACGACUUCUAUCAUGCUCUUACGGGGCUACCUAUCAUAGUUGAGGGAGAGAUUGCUUUGAAGGCUUUUGAAUUUGCGAAUACACUUAUUCCCAUGACUGGUCUAAGUAUGUUUGCGGUGGUAAGACUGAAGCCGGAGGAGAGGAGGAGGGUCCUAACCACCUACUUUCCUUGGGCUAUCAGAAAUGGAUUGCAGGCCAAGGAAGUGAUCAACAUCUAUUGGGAAGAGGAGUUGGAGACCGAUGUGAAGGAGCUUAGGAACAGAAUCGGCUUGGAGAGGCCUCCAGAGUAAGCUCUACCCGAACCAUAUUUGAGCUUUGGCAUCGGUUCUAAUACGAUACAUUGCCCGCUGUAGUCUGCGAAAGAUCAGAGCAGAAUUGAGAGCUCGGAGAAGGGCCGAAGAGGCCGCAAGGGAGUCUGCGGGACACUAG